AUCUUCAUUGCAGAGAUCAACGGCCGGACCACUGGUGCUGGCAAUGAAGUUGCAGUUCAGUGCGACAUACGAUAUGCUGGACCAGGAGCGAAGCUGUCGCAACUUGAAGUUGGUUUUGGGUUGCUGCCUGGUACAGGAGGGCUUCAGUUCUUAGUCAGUCUUGUCGGAAGAGCCAGAGCCUUGGAGUAUAUUCUAUCAGCUCGCAGCGUUGAUGCCUUUGAAGCUGCAGCAAUAGGAUGGGUCAAUAGAGCAUUUGAGAGUGAGGAGAAGUUAAAGGCAGCGACGACAGAGCUGGCCGAGCGCAUUGCAGCCUUCCCGAAGCAAGGUCUAGCUGCUAUCAAGUCGCGAGUUAACGUUCAGAAGCCCACCGAGCAAGAAAUUUUUGGG